AUAUAACUAAGCGAUAAAUACACCCUAACGUCUUGUAGUAAACAUUUAAUUUGCCAUAACAAAUAUAGAGAUCAAUAAUUGAGAUAAAAGCUACCCUAUCUCCCAAAGUGGACCAAAUUACAGAUGUUUACAAAAUUUGAUAAAAAUUGGUUCAGUAAUUUAUCGCUAACAUACAUCGUGACGCGAAAUUAAGAUGUUAUAUAUAAAUUGAUUUGUAUUUAUACUAGUAACCCUAUAAAGAGUUCCCAAGGAAAUAUAAUUGAUUAAUUUUACAUUGAAUAAUUUGCGUACACCCUCUAUAAAAUAGAUGGUUUGUGGUUGAAUGUUUACUAAAAUAGUUUACAACCCAAUUCUCGGAAAAUAUCGGGAUAAUUCGAUUCUAUUUUAAUUUACCUUGCAGUUUUUUAUAAAUAAUAUAAUUUAUAUUGUUUCCCUCCAAAAAAACUUAGCAUAUAUUUCAUAAUCUUUUUCAAAAUCAAAGCUUUGGAGACUUUAUGAAAUUAUUAAAAUUCAAAAUAAUUACUGUCUUUGCCAAAGGGUUGGCAGGAGCUAGGAUAAAAAUACUUUUUGACAGUUGACACACAUUUUCUUAUGAUAAAUCAAUAUAUCUCGGCGUUUUCCCGAUGAUUUUUCUCACUAGUUUUAGGUUUUUAGGGUGAGUAAAUGUAUUUGUUAAGCAAGUGAAAAUGAAAUGGAGUCCCCACAUUUGGAUUUGUCGAGGCUGCUUAAUUGUGCUUGCGUUAUGGGGUGUUUCUGGAGAAUUAGGUAACCCUUAUCAAAUAUUAGGGGUUCGCAACACAGCCUCACAGUCAGAAAUUAGGAAAGCCUAUAAGCAGCUUGUUAAAGAAUGGCAUCCUGAUAAAUCAAAUGAUCCAAAUGCAGAGGAAAAAUUUGUUGAAAUAAAACAAUCAUAUGAACUUUUAAGUGAUCCUGAUAGAAGAAAACGUUAUGAUAUUCAUGGGAUAACUGAAGACGAUUUUUAUAAGCGACCAGAAUAUGCACCUUUACAUACAAAUCAUCCUUUUGAAGACCUUUUUGCUCAGCAUGGGGCCCAUUUCAACUUCCAAGAAAAUGAUAUAACAUUUUUUCAUAAAUUGUCGAUAACAACAAGGCAAUUUGAUAAAAUAAUUGUUCCAAAAAGUAGUACUGUACCCCAUUUAAUAUUUUUUUAUUCCGAUUGGUGUUUUCAAUGUAUUCAAACAGCCCCAUACUGUCGAAAACUGGUGGAUAAUUUGGAACCACUUGGUAUAAAUUUCGUUACUGUUCAUUCUGGACGGGAGAAAAACUUAGGUAGAAGAUUGAGCAUUCAUACAUUACCGUGUUUGGUUUUAUUAUUAGAUGGAGAUAUUUAUGUUUAUAAAGAAACAAUUACUAGUGUUCAGAGAAUAAUUGAAUUUAUAAGGAAUAAGAUGCCAUAUAAAUUGGUGACUAAAAUUAAUUCAGAUAAUAUAGAAGAAUUUUUAAAUGGGUGGGAAGAUAACAGAGUAAGAGGACUCAUUUUUGAACCCAGAAGUACAAUUAGAUUACGAUAUUUGGUCACUGCCUACCAUUUUAGACAUAGAAUAGCUUUUGGGUUUGUAGAAUCGAGAGAUAUAAAAAAUAAAUACUUGUUGCCGCAUGAUAUGGAUACUGUAUUAUUAUUCAAUGAAAAUGUUUCAUAUCCAAUGGCUAGUGUAUCUAUGAAAGACAUUCCGACAGCUACUUUACAUCAUGUUAUUUCUUCUAAGCAGUACCUUGCUUUACCAAGAUUGUCAUCUCAAGAAAUUCUAGAAUCAUUAUGCCCUGAGGAUUUCAAUAAACCUAGAAAGAAACUUUGUGUUGCUCUAGUUAUAACUUCCUCUUCAUUUUACUAUCCUUACCGACAAUCAUUUAUGUAUUUAUCACAGCAGCCAAAUUAUAAUAAUGAAAAAGUGAGAUUCGUUUACAUUUAUUACGACAAACAGACAGAGUUUGUUAAUUCUUUGGUGCCAGAUGAUGAAAUUAUUCAACCUCUACUACGUAUUGUGAUUUUAUGGAGAAGGGAUACCUCUCAUGUUAGGUACGAAUGGGUACCUGGUAAAUGGGACGCAGACAAAAACUCAAGUGACUCUACCUCAGUUUUAGAAAAAGUUAUUACUAAGUUAUUAAAACCUAGCGAAAAUUUGCCACAUGAAACAAUUGUUAAGGAUUUGGUGGAUGAACAUGCAAGAGGGGUAGUUUGUCGGAUGUACACAAAAGUUUUUCAAUUUGUAGAAAGAACUUAUGAUGGAAUGACAAGAGAUCAAAUACUAGCGUUAUUUUCUAUAUUGGGAACAAUAUUGUUUAUACUAGCCAUAGGGUAUUUUAUGGCAUAUUUAGUUCGUAUAGAAGAGGAAAGUAUCCAAAAACAAAAGGCCAAAACUAGUAACAACAACAAUAGCGUUAAUGUUUCAUACCAACCAGAGUUACGCUUACACGAAAUGCGAUCUGAGACAUACAAUGCUUUAGUAAGGCUUUUAAAACCGGGUUGCCGUACUAUUGUACUAGUUCUUGAUAUGCAAUCUCGACAACAGUUGAUACCGCCAUUUCAUAAGGCCGUUUGGCCUUACAGAAAUUUCAACUAUUCCAGGAACAAAACAUUGAUGUUUUCUUAUAUGUACAUUGAAAGGGGCCUUAAAUGGUACAAGGAGCUACUUCAGCUGUCUUUACCUGAAGAUAGAGAUCUAAACAUCAAUCCUAGAAACUGUGUUGGCACAGUUUUAUCUAUAAAUGGACACAGAAAAUAUUUUUGUGUCUUCCAUGCAAAGCAUAUGGAAAAGCGAAAGAAAAAAAUAAAAAACGGAUCAUUACCACUUCCCACAGAAAUUGAUUGUGAAAGUGGAGCCUUUAUUGGCUUUAAUUCCGAUAGUUCAGAUUCUGAAGGUGGUGUUUUACUACAAGGUUCUCUUUUAGAUGGAUUUUCAAAUUGGCUAGAUAGAUUAUUCGAGGGUACGACUCAACGUUUUCACGUCAACUAUUGGCCUGAAUUUCCUAUCAAAUAAAAGUUAUAAUCGCUUAAUUCUAUUAUGGUUCAUCGUUUUAAGGGAACUUCCUGUAUCUACUUACAGGAACCAACCUAUGUAAUGUGUAUUUAUAAUACACAAUUAGUAAAUAAUUGGAAAGAAACGUGUUGGUUUGUUUUAAAGAGAUCAAUAUUAUCAAAUGGUUAGUAAGUGGAUUUUGUUGUUGGAGGAUUUUUUGUAUUAGUUUUUAAUUGUUGAAUAUGUAUUUUUUAUCAUGUUAGCAAUGCAUUAAGCUGAAUGGUGUCCUUGGAAGCCUUUAACAGAGUUUUUUUAAAUAUAAAUUCGCCUUUUUGUUCUAAAGUCUAAUGAAAUAUUUAUUGCUGUACUUUUUGUUUUUUUUUAUGAGCAGUAAUUUUUCAAAACAUUGACAUGUCCAUUAUUUCUUUAGAAACAUUUGUACAUUUAGUUGUAGUUUACAUAUUUAAAACUAUUUGUUUGUAAUUAGGAGUACAUAUAGUUGUUUUAUCGCCAUUUUAAUAUUGAAAUUGUAUUCAAUUAAAUGCUACAAUGUAUAGAAAACUAUCUACAUGAAAUUAUUUUUAGUUUAUAUCUACAGAAAUCCAGAAAAGUUGUAUAAAAAUCGAAAAUUUGUUGAAAUUCAUUUGUAUUUCAUCUGUGGAAUCAUUACAAAUUACAUAUAUUUGGGGAUUCCAUCCUAUGUUAAAGAUACAUUAUUAGGUACCCCAGAAAAUAUAUGUAGUUUACUAUUUUGUAGUGGAAAGUCUUGAAGAUAAAAAAAUACACUACACCAUUGAUGCCCCAAGAAAACGAUUUAUUACAAUAAAUACUGUAGUUUUUAUCAAUAAACAUUUUUUAAAACUAUACAAUCAUUAAACAAACCAAUUCAAUCAAAGAUAAAAAAUUGCAGUAUCCAAUAUUUAAACAUGCAUAAACAAAACUAAACUAUGUAUGCUAAGUAAUCUUGAGGACAUUAAUAUGUUUUAAAAGAACUUUUCUGAUAUAAAAGUAAUGUUAAAAUAGCUAUUGUGAUCUAUCAGAUCUAGCUACCUUCAUUACCAAUGAAUUCUAUAGAUAUAUGCUGUUGUAUGUUGAAAAUCUUCAAUCUUUCUCGAAUAAUGAUAUGAAGUAAUACCUUUUUACUAAAAUUCAUUUUUUUUCACUUUUUGGAAGGCGUUUGUAUAUACCAUGGGGUGGGGAACCUUUUUACCAUUUGAGGCCACAUUUAAAUUAUUCCGCAUAAACUGAUUUGCCUAUGAAAGUGACUUGAGUGAAAUUUUUAUAGUUUUCUAUAGGUUUAUUAAUUUAUUGCAUUAUAUAGGAUAAGUAAAAUAUGGGGGCCGUUUUUAUUUAAACUUCCAAUCGCUCCGACUCCGCUCAGACAGCGCUGUAGGCGACUGCGAAGCUCUCGCACCUCUCUUCACUUAGUUCUUCUUCCGUUGUGCAAUCAACGUCAUCUGUACUGAUCCACGCAUUUACGUCACUUGGCUCAACAUCCGGUUGUAAAGUUUGCAAAUCCCUCAAAAUUGUUUGAGUGUCUACGUCUUGACUUUCGUCAUUUGUUGCAUGGAAUGUUUCAUCUUCAUUCUCUUAACUCAUAAGUUGAUUUUGGUGCGAUGGCGUGUGACGUGACGGACGGUCGAUCGACGUGGACUUCUUAACACUGCUUAUCGAAAACGUUCGAUAUUUUCAGAGGUUAUAAUCGUUCUGGCACUACCACCUCUUUUUCUAGACGUCGAUCCAGUUUGCUCGAGGUUGUUUACCCAUAUUUUAAUCCCAAAUGGAACAGGUUGGUUACGCGGUAUGUUAAAAUGCCGUCUAAAAUCCCGACGCGUUUGCACUAAACUAUUGCCAUUUUGAUGAUAAUCCUUAAUUGCGUAACCGCAAUACUCACCCGUCCAACGCUCCAUUGUAGGCUAAAUGGCAAGCCACUUAACCGCGCGAUACAAGCCCCACCCCAAAUCUUAUCGUUUCAUUGCCGAACCCUGUAUUUAUAAGCUUGCGUUAGAAAAACGACUUGAUUGAUUUACAAAUUUUUUCCUAGUUUCGACAAAAAAAUUGUAAGGGACCUAUUUUAUCGAGAAAAACUCAUCCUACAACGUGGUAUUUUUUAUUUUCUUCUAUCUUCAUCACAGAGUGAAAUAAUUUUGAAAAUCAAAAUCAUUUUCGAUAUUUUUUUUUGACUUUAGGAUAUCUAUAGAAUCAACCUUUUUGCAUAUAACUUAUUCUUUUCGUGAAAAAUUGCCUUCGUUGACUAGGCUAUUUUAACGUUGACAUGAUAUUAUUUUUUCAUAUUUUUCUAUUUUUGUCACAUUACUAGUUAAUUUAUAAAAAAAAAUGAUAAGAUGGAUUGAACGAUAACCAAAAAAUAAUAUUUUGGCCUUUCUAAUACUUCGUAUAUUCUAAACAUAUUAGGGCUUAUAUCAAAAGUUUUAAAUGCAAAUAAAUAAUAAUAUCACAUUGUUAAAACAAUUGUCUCUUGAAAGUAUGAACUGAAGUAUUCACUUUUUCUAGUCAAAUUGUAGAUUUAAUUAAAUUGAGUAGUAGUAAGUAUUUAUAAAGCGGAAAAAAUUAAGUAGGCACACUCAUUUUUCAUAUAAAUAUUUAUCUCAUUUAAAUGGACUGUUAUUGGAAUAAAUUUGUUAGUUAUUGGGAAUUUCCAUAAUAAUUUUUCAUUUCACUAUUUAUAAAAUGUAUUCCAGUAUAUAAUAUACACAUACAGACAUAAGAUUACAAAUCUCAACAAUGUAUAAAAAAUAUUUUUUCUGUAACAUGACUCCCUCACCCAUUUUGUAUAUACCAUUAUAGUUGUUAUGUUACUGAAAUUCAAUUUCUGUAAUAUCAAAUAUUCACCUUUGUUUAAAACAUCGUCAAAUCUUGAUAAAAUAAAACUAUAUAAUAGUGAAAAUGUCAGCAAUUAGGAUCAGUCGAAGAAAAAAUAUAGUAAAUAAUUCGUGCUCAUUUUCCAUUUUCCUAUAGCUUCCCAAACUGUCGUACUUAUAAGUAAUGUAUCAUUCAGUGCUCAUUAAUCAGUAUACUAUUAUACAAUGUGUUCAGAAAAUGACGUGACAUUUCGAUUUCUGCUAUGUUUGUAUAUCUAAAUCUUUAUUAUUAAAUACCUACCUGUCUUUAUCUCACUAGACUGUGCAAUUUCAUUGUCUUUUUUGCCAUAUUUCUAUUUAUUUAAAGAAAUUUAUGAAUUAAAUUAAUCUCACCCAGCCACGCUACUGCUUAUCGCAGACUUUUUGGCAGGAAUAUUUCGAAGAAAUUGUGUACAUACAGCUUCGGCCAAUAGAAAUGCAUUUAUGUUUACGAUUCGAUGUUUUCAUUGGUAAACUGUGGAGAUGAUGAGUCCACGUGGACUGACGGUUUCUUAGAUGUUUAACGAAUUUUAUACGGGGAGUAAACAUUAUUUUUCAUUUCUUACAAGAAAUUUGAAAAGUUAUGUAUUUAUUUGUGAAACAAAUUUUAAAACUCCUAAGGUCCGAAUCAUUACUGAUCAAAUGUAAAUAAUUCAGAAUGAAAGAACCACAAUAGACGAAAAAUACAUUAUUCAGAGAGCAAAGGAUGUUUAUUUUUCGAAAAUUGAGUUAUAUGAGAAAUGAAGAUCACUUUAAGUCUGAUGUUGGUUAAGAAAAUGUUUCAUCACAAGUACAAGAACAGUUUAGCAGAAUAAUGUACUUGAUAUCACUUCUUCCAUAGAUGUUUUGGAUGUUUUCAUAGAUAAAAAGUGGAGAUGAUGAGUCCACGUGGACUGAUGGUUUGUUAGAUGUGUACCGAAUUUUAUACGGGGAGUAAACAUUAUUUUUCAUUUCUUAAUUUGGUAUGAGUUCUAUGCUUAUUUAUGAAAUAUUGAUUAUUCUUCGCAUAACUGUCUUCUGCUUGCCCAUCAACAUAUUUUUUAAGUACAUUUUUUUAUAAUAUAUUAGGGAAUCACACCAUUAUCGAUUUGUUACUUGACAUAAUAUUUUUAUGUAUCUUCAGGAAAAAUAGUUAUAUGGACAUAAAUCAGGAGUUUUGGCAGGCCGCUUUAUUGUGCCACUUCCAAAACAUGUUUCUAAAAAAACUUCAAUUUAAGCGAAUUAAAAUGUGGUGAUGCACCAUUCUUCCGAAACCAAAGAAUGGUACAAAUAAUAUCUGUCCAAGCAUCGAAAGGCAUUUGUGUUAUGUGUAUUAUUUCUGUCUUUCAGAAUUUCAAUUCGUAUAUAAUUCUUGUAGUAGAAAGAUGAAACUGAUUUUUCUAGAUAGAAUAUUUAAUCACAAAUAAUAAAGAAAAACUGGCCACUAGAUUGUAUUAUUAAAAGAGAAAUUUUCAUGGAAUUCCUGUAUCAAACAUUUUUACGCUACUUUAUCUUUUUAUGUCACCAUUCAAAGAAUCGUUAUUUUUUGAUUUUUUUUUAAUUUAACAUGUAACUGUAUGUAGAAUUUAUGAUGAAAUUUAAUUUUCCAUGCUAUCAUUCUAAUGAUAAAUAGCGUUAUAGCUUCGGUACACCAAACCUUUUAAACUAUAGGUUUAGUUGACGAUUUUUGAAAAUCUCGUUUUUCUUUUGUUUAUUAUAUAAUAUUCAGAAGCAACGUGUAUUUCCCAAUUAAAUGUUUUGUAAUACGUUGAAAAGAUUUUUUUGUGAAUUAUAAUUGAUAUAUGUUAGCUCAGCUUAGUCAUUUUGAUCAAUAAUAAUAUAUAUCAACAACAUUGUAAAUCAUAUAUGAUUUAAUGUAAUGUAGUAAUUCUUCAUUCUAAUUUAUUUAUAAUUUAUGUAAUUAUCGUAAUUUAUACUUCUAUAUCAAUUCACAAAACCAACCAGAUCUUAUUUCAGUCGCAUUUGUAGUUCCAAUAUAUACUGUGAUGGAAAUUCCAUUCUAGAGGCAUAGCAGCUAUUCGGUAGAGAUCAAAGCUCUACAGCCAUUUUGUUUCCUCUAAUUUUUGUGAGCGAGCGUCACACGAAAAGAAUUCAUCCUUAAAAUCAUCUUAUUCCCAGCUUUGCAGGGAAAAUUUUUUCCUAUAGCAGGGCCAUUUCUAAUAUAAUAAACAAAAAUAUCCCUAUUUAACCCAAUUAAAUAAUCCAACGAGUUUAUUUUUAUUCUGGUACUUUCAACUUUCGAAAAAGAGAAAUAUUUAAACUUUCGAAAUGUUCUAUUAGACUUUGAUGCAAUAAAAUAUAAUCAAAUCAAUAGAGUUUAAAUAACUUUGUGAAAUUAUAAUGAUUUGGAAUAAUGAAAGUAUCUCGAAUGUUAUAGUAUAUUAAUUUAAAUUAACUAUGAAAUUUAAGAGAGAAAUUCGUUGGAUAGAGUUUGGUAAGUUAAUGUAAAUUUAAAUAGGAGAGUUUGUUGGAGUGAGCCCUGAUAUAGGAAUUUUUCCUCUGCAGAGCCACAUUUUUAAGUGACAAAUUAGACAACAUUGUGUCAAAUGUAGUCUUGUUGAAAGACACUUCAUCUAAGGCUGUAUUAUAUAUUUAAAAAUCCUACAUAUAGUAGGGGAGCCGAGGAAGUUAAAUUGGCUUCACUCAAGCGUCAUGGGGAAAGAUAGGACGUUUUAUAAACCCUUUUCAGUGGCAGGGGAUACUUUUUUAGCUUUUUAUAAGUAUAAAAAAAUACAGGAAAAUAUUUUUUUCAUACUGUACUGUAAAGUCGACUUUACAGUACUAAUUUGUGUCCGUAAAAUGGGACUUUACUGAUAUCUUGUACUUUACAGUAUUUUUAAUUUUCCAAUCCCGUUUAAAAUAAUUAGAAAUGAAAAAUCAAUUAACAUCAAUAACUGUUAACAGUAAUAGUGCAACCUGUUAUAUUUAUUGUAGGAAUUACUGGAUGUACUUCUUUAUUUACAAUAUGGCUGGAAGAUGUGUGGUUUUGGUUUAAUAAAAGUUUCACCACCUCGUAUCAUUCUUGAUAUUUUUUUUUGCUCUCUUCCAUAUAUUUUUCAGCUUCAACUGAUGAACUCUUUCAUCCACCAUGCCGUUUUAAAACAUAAAUAUCAGCCCCAGCGUUGACCAACAGCGUUAACGAAGUCCUUCUGAAGCAAUGUCCGUUUGUACUUUUCUGGAUGCUCAAAAUUGAGGAAUUCAGCCUUACCUUACCAACAGAGUGUAUUCCAGCUCUUUUACCUACGCAUUUUCCUUGUCUAUAACCUACCAAAAGGGCUUUUAGUGGUAGGUGUUUUCGAAAAUUUUGAUAUUUUAUGAACACAUCCAAAUAUUGCACCGAAUUGUUGUUGAUCAUUGUAAAAACCCGUCGAACAUGUGUAAGAUGAACACAGUUUCUUCUGGUUUGUUCUUGGUGAGUUAAAUCAGUUCUUUAUGGUUGAAAUCCCAUUAAAUCAAUCUUCGACUUGGCAUUUUCACGAUAAGAAAAAUUCUCAUCUCCUGUUUUUCGAAUUUUUCCAAUGACUUUUAAUACAAUACUUCUAAUGUUAUCAUUACCUUUUGACUAAAAUACAAGAAACCGUUUUCUUCGAUCUGCUUCUUUCUCGCACAACUACGGUUGGAUUCUGCUAGUCUCGAAGGACAUAAGGUUUAUUGUUGUCUUAUUCCAGGAUUAUAUCCUUAAUAGAAGGAUUCGUCAAAUUUUGUAGAUGCAAAUUUUGAAAAUACCAACGCAUUCUUAAAAGUAUUGGUCGUAUUGUAAAGGAUCUAACAGGAUUAAUUUUUUGUUGUUAGUUAUACAAAUGCAUAAGGAUGUUGCGAUCUCUUGAUAUUUUACAAGUUGGACUAAUUUAAUCAAUUCAAACACAUCAUUUAUGAGAUUUUGGUGAACCUUUACGGAUUUGAUCCUGGAAGGAACAUCAAUCACGUUUGAAUUCAUUUUACCAGUUUAUCAAGUCCAUUGAGGCGCUCUUUUCGUUGGUAAGGUCAAUUCCAUUUUUAACCAUUGUAUUUAUACAAAAUAUACGAGAAAUAGUCAGUGUUGAUAAUAAAAAAAACAAAAAAAAAUACACGUACCUAGAAUUUUCGAUAAUAACGGUAAAGCCGAACAAAUAACGACGAGAAAAGCGCAAUUUCCAAUAACAAGGCUAAAUGAUUUACUUUUAGGCUUUGCUGUGAAUUUUUUCAUACAAGGGGCAGUAUAAAGUCCCAUUAAUGAAGUAACUUAAAUAAAUUAUCAAUAGUCUUUCCAAUGAGGUUCCCUAUAAACCAAGCUUCGAUAAAGAACUUACGCCUAGAGUAAAUUGCUAAAAAAAAUUAUUAUCACCUAAUAGGUCACCUAAACACUUUUUUUAAUGAAAAUAUUCAAGGAAAACCAAAUCGAGCUGAUUCAUUUUUUGAAAGUACUUUUCAGAUAUAUUUUUCGGUGAAAAAAAUAAAUUAGAUGGUAAAAUUUUCCAGUUCUAACAAAGGUAACAAAGUUAUUUCGGUUCAUGUAAAAUUUCUGGUCCUUACCAUCAAAAUCUGAACAGGUGUAAAAUUAUGUAGAUAUAUAAUAUACUAAAUACGUUUUUCCAGUCAUUUACCUGAGGAAUCAUCUACCUAACACACAUGAAAAAAGAAAGUCAUCGGUAGAGUAUUGGUAAUAUUUGCUUCUAUGACUUAGGGAAAUCGUCAGAUGAUGUUUUUUGAGUUAGGGCCCUAUUGGGACGCCAUGGCUACCGACGGUAGCCAAAUGGAGUAGCCACAGGCGACCAUUUGUCAGUGGUUCUCAUAUCGAGAAUAGUCACGUUGUGCUAAGAAGAAAUCGUUCUUAUUUAUUACGUACGUCGCAAAAAGUUGAAAAUAAGAAACCUGGGAAGUUACGGAUCCAUCUUUUUAUAUGAGAUCGAAGUCCAAGUAGUGUUUUUUCUAAACUAUAUGAAGAAAAUAUCAUCUUUUAAAGAACUAUUGAGCUUAUUUAGAAAUGAACUGACAAAACAAGAUACAAUUUUAAGAAAAUCUUGGUCCAGAAGAGAAAUUAUUUGUGACAUUGAAGUGACGCAGACUCGGUAUAGUCCAUGGAUAUAAUUUCAGAUUGUCUUCCAUGAGUGGAAUAGCCACGGUUGAAGCUGCGAAACGGCAGUUCAUGACUUGAAGUCGCAGACUCUACAUCGUAGCUCAUGAUGAGUAUAGCUUCAAGUUGGAGGUUUUGGUGGUUGCGACCAGUAGUUUCGUGUAUUCUCAGUAGGCAAAGUGCGUUUCAACUAACAACCGAAUAAUCUUUUAUUGCGGUAUCCCAUAAACAAGGUUAUUUUGAAUUUCUACUAUUAGGACAGAUCCUCACUAUAAUGCCAUUCACAGUUUGUUCUUGAUCCGAUUUCGGCCUGGUAAAGUCGUACCAUGUUCACAUUAUACAAUUUGACUCAGUUCACGAUUCAGUCUUGAAUUGUCAAUAAUCAUAGUCGGAUGUAUUUGGCUCGUAGUAAUAAAUAAUAUUAGAAAAUUAUUGUAAUAUUUGCAGUGAAAAAAUGUCAUUAAAUUUUUCGAUUGAAGAAUUAGUGAUUAUAGUUCUUCUUUUGAAGAAAAUCACAGAAAAAAUAAAAAAAAAAACUCAAAAUU